GAUUCUACUCUUAGCCUCAGCCUCAGCCUCACCUCACCUCACCUGCUCGUCGGCGCUAAGAAUUGCAGUGUUGUCCCGCGGUGACCUCUUGCCUAUUGCGUAAUGCCUGCUCCGCAUGGCGGGGCGUCAAGGCCGCUCUGUAUUACAAUCUCCAGUCUCUGCGGGCAGUCGAGCCAAGCUCGGUUGGAGUCUGCCUUGCACAUUCAAGCUCACGCGGUGGCCGUGUGCCUGGCUGCGUGUGGUCGUCACGAAACGAUUGAAUCAUUGUCACAAUACAGAUGUUCCUCGCGAGAUCGUUGCCUGAAAAGACAUGUAUAGGAAAGGUACUUUGCUUGUGGACUGUGAGAUUCAGAUACAGCGAGAUGCGUGGUUUGAUCUAGGCUACUUGCGCACUCGGUCA